UGAGCGAUAAAAGCGUUGCCAUGUGGCACGUAGCAGGCCAUACGCGCCUUUCGGAUUAGUUAUCCACCAAAUAUUAGGGGAUGCUGAGUUUCUAACAAUGGUUCGACAUAUUCCUCGUUACCAAUCGCGGGACGUCAUAGUUCUCACGUCAUUUUCAACCUAUUCGUCGUUCGUUUUCUUCGUCCAGGACCUGCCAAGCUGUAGCAGGCGUUAUGACGUUUGCGUUUAUUUCGGUCUAUUAGUAUUUCCCAUACUUUACAUUCCUCUUCGACACGAGCGGAUUAAACAAGAGAUUGAAUUUUAUUUUACUACGUGGAGCGAUUUCCGCCUUUGCUCUAAAUUGCAUUUCUCGACAUUUUCCAAUUUUGGUGAUGGUGAUGUAGAUACCUAGGGUCGCUUUCUUCCUCUCGUCAUUUCGUCCAUGUUUCUGUUGGCUAAAUUUGAACCAACCAACUAUACACGGACCGGAAGUUCUCCCAUCGAAGUCAGGAUUUUCGUCAUCUCCUGUCCCCAUUCCUGUUUCCUUUUUUUUUUCCUCCUUUUCCCAUUUCCUC